AUGGCCACCGCAGAUGGCCAUUUAGAGGCCACAGCUGCAGCUGCAGUGGGCAUUGCAUGUGCGAUUGCCGGUCGCAUGCCAGAGUUUGCUGUGGGAGACAGCGAGGAGGCUGCUGCAUUGGGGGAUGCAGUGCUCAGGUGCCUGGAGUGUCCUUUGAGGAAUGUGGCAGAGACUGCUGUUGAGUAUUUUGAGACGCUCAGCACGGUUCCUGUGGCAGAGCGCAGCCCUGCCUUCCGAGCCCCAAUGUUCGGGCGGCUGCUGCCCCCACUGCUGCGUCAUGCCCGCUAUCCUCAGAGCUUCACGUCCUGGGAAGAGUGCAUUGACGAUGACUGUGAUGAGUUCCAUCGCUUCAGGGUUGUGUCAGGUGCGGUGCGGACACGCGCACUGCAAGCAGAGCCAAUAGGGGACCCUGCAAUACUGGCGGAUGUGCAGCACACAUCCGCCUUUCUGGCAGCUCUCUUUUCGGGUAUCUGCACAGGGAACCCCCCUCACCCGGCGCUGGCAACCUCGGUCGCGCAGUGCGUGGGAGACUAUGCGACCUGGUUUGGGCGUGUGCCGAAUGCGCCCCUUCAGGCAGCGCUGCAGCAGCUGCUGGCCUUCAUGGCGGUCCCACAGGCGGCACAGUCGGCUGCAACGGCCUUCAGAAACUUGUGGUCGCAAGUGGAGCAGGAGUGGCAGAAGUUGAUGGUGGAAGGGCUAGCACGACUUGUGAUUCUGUUGCCUGCAUCAGAAGCAGCCGCUGCUGGGUUGCAAAUUGCUCAGGCCAUUGUGGAGCGCAUCACUCAGAUUAUAUCGCAAGCGUCCGGAGCGCCGUCCUCCGCUGCUGCAGCAGAGCUGGCCGGCCGCCUGAGGCUGCUGGCAGUGCUUCUGCGAUAUAUGGAGACCAGCAGUGACGCGCCAGCGGCAGCCGAGUCUGUGCACCCUGCGAUGCCUCUUUUGCAGCUUGCAAAUCCGACACUUGAGGCAGUUGCUGGCUGCGCCGCCCUGCAGGCCGAUAAGAAAGUCUACAACGCUCUCUGCGAUGUGUUCCAACGCAUACUGUGGGCGGACAAGGCGCUGGCAGCACCUUUGGAUGGAGCUACAGGCGCAGCAGUGGAUGUGAGAACGAGUGUGUAUGCGCUGGCUGACCGCUUCCUGCUCCUUUCACCUGAGGAGUUUGCGGCCACCGGCACACUGCUGGCGCUGGGGGAGCACAUCCUGCCCACUGUCAUGGCCCAGGAGGCCACCGCUGUCCGCGCAGCGCUCUCAUUUAUCCUGCAUGCUGUCUCGCCGCCCUCGCCCAAAGCCCAACAGGUGCUCAGAGGUCAGGUGGAGCAGUGGAUGUCCAGAUGCGGCGAAGCCCUUGUGCAAGCCCUGCUGUUUGCAGCUUGUGACACAUGUCCCCGGCACCUGCUCCGCAUGGUGGCAGCACCAAUCAGGGCGCUGCUGGAGGACUCAACCUUCAGAGAAGCUGCUCAACGGUGGAUUGUGCAUGCAGCUUCCCAGCCCGGUCUUCCUGAUUUUGCCAGUGUUGCGCGAGGAGAAGGCACUUCAGACUUGUUGCUUGGGUAUGAGCUGUAA